GCUUGACAAAGAAGCCCACUCAUUUCCGUUUUCUAUUUCAAAAUGGCCGAUCUCCCCAUCAUCGAACAGAUUCUAGAAAAUGAAAUCGAACUCUGUUGUGCUGUUAAUAAGAAUGAGAUGGCAUCAUCUCAAAACAUACAGUUGAAAGAGCUUGACUUGGAAAUAAUUGACAGUGUGUGCACGUCACUGUCACAGAACUGCGUGUUACACAGUGCAAGAGAUUUCUUCAAGCAAGCAUCAAGAUCACAGCUGCUUGACAAGAUGGGAUUUUUGAAUGCCUGCUUGGUGCACAAGACAAAACUUCCCCAUUCUGACAGAGAAAAGUCAUGGGGAAAACUUCCAUAA